CUCUUAUAAAAAUCUGUCUCUCCUGAUGCUACCAUCCCAGGUUCGACAAGACAGGUAAGUGAACACUGUGAGAAGAUUAGAGCCUAGCAAGAGUUGGACUUCACCCAUUUCAGAAGCAGAGACAGGGUCCUCAUCCACAGACAUCAUGCGACCUCCCAUGGCACCAUACAGCAUGUCCUGGAUGCUGAUCUCCAGCCUGGUGCUCCUAUCUCAAGUCCAAGGAGAAAAGUCUGAAGACAAAGUCAGCUCACCAGGAAGCAACUGUCCCAAAGGUGCCAAGGCCUUUGGCUCCUAUUGCUAUUUCCUGUUUAGAACACCCAGAUCCUGGUAUAAUGCAGAUCUGGCCUGCCAGAAGCGGCCCUCAGGACACCUCGUGUCAGUGCUCAGUGCAGCUGAAGCGUCCUUUGUAGCUUCUCUGAUCAAAAGCGUUUCAAACACCUACAGCUAUGUUUGGAUUGGGCUCCAUGAUCCCACACAGGGAAAUGAACCCGAUGCAAAUGGCUGGGAAUGGAGUAAUGAUGAUAUACUGGAUUACUUUAACUGGGAGAGGAAUCCUGCCACUGCCACAGACCGUGGUUACUGUGGGAGCCUGUCACGAACCUCUGCAUAUCUAAAGUGGAGAGAUUACAAUUGCAAUACGCAGUUACCCUAUGUUUGCAAGUUCAGAGGCUAGGAUGGAUAGCAACCAGAAUUUGCAUGCAGCUAACCAUGAGCAAAACUGGAGUUUUCUCUCACCACCUCCAAACCUGAGCCUUGCUUCUGAUCAUCCCUCCUCUACUUUACUUCUCACCUGAAUUUGUCCUUCUGUAUUGUGCAUUGUGGCUUGAGGUUUCAAAAUCAGUAAUAAAGUUUUAGUUUAGACUUGCA